AUGGCGGCCGGCUGCCCGGCCCGCCGGAAUUCUGCUCCGGAGGCCUGGCUGCCGCGCUUACAAGCGUCGUUCGUAUCAUCGUCGCCCUACACACCCGCCCGGGAGACCCCCGCCCCUGCAGCUGCCUGCCUCCCGGGGUUUGGGAUCCCCCCCCAAUCCCGCCAUCCCACCCUUGGGAAGAAGCCGCCCCAAGGCUCGGCACCGUGCAGAACUUUGGGGCCGGAGAGUUCUUGGGGCAGCGGCUGUUUUGACGGUUGGACAGCCCGGCCUCCUGGCGAAGAGCACAGAACCGUGACUCUGACGAUCUGUUCCUCGCAGUGUGACAUGAAGUCCAGCAACCUCUUGCUUCUCGCAAUGGUCCUCUCCUUUAGGGUCCUAGUGUCCUGGGGGGCUGUAGAACAAGCUAAGGAGAGCGAAUGCGCUACGAAUGCGGUUUUGUGCAACGACCCGUGCCGGGGGGAUGAAUCCUGUCCGAGCGGGCAGAAGUGCUGCAACACCGGCUGUGAGCGCACCUGCUCCAGCCCCAAGCCCACAGGAGUCGAAGUCCCGUAGCCGCCCUCCCGGGCUUCUCCCACGCCCUGGAAGCGACAGUCUCCGUGGUGGAGGCAAGAUGGCCUCCCGGAACCCUCAAGACACCCGGGGGCAGCAGGCGUUUUAUUCCCCGCCUCUCCUCUGCUCUCUUCCCUUUUUCCCCCCCUCCCUGCUCUUCUGAGGCGUUUGACUCGGUGGUGCUGUAAAGAGCUUAAAUACGUUUCUCCCAAUAAAGAUUGAUGCCCCUG